AGCCACCGCUCAGACCAACCUGAAUUUCAAUAAGCCACAUCUUUGAAGAAAUACAGAAGUACAUGAGCCACAGCAGCAUCUGCACACUUCCCACAAAUUGAAAUUUAAUUGGUUCGGCUAGCGAAAAGCUACCUCCAACCCUCAGCUUCCCACAUCGGUGUCUCUUCAAUUUUCAAUUUCGCAAAGUCUCACAAUACCACGACCGAACUUUUCGACCAACAUCCAGACAAUCAUCCAAAAUGUCGUCGAAAGGAAAGAAGCCCGCCACCAAGUCGGCCAUUGAGCAGGUCGUGUCCCGCGAAUACACCAUCCACCUCCACAAGCGUCUGCAUGGUGUUACCUUCAAGAAGCGCGCUCCCCGUGCUAUCAAGGAGAUCAAGGCUUUUGCGCAGAAGGCUAUGCAAACCUCUGACGUCCGCCUCGACCCUCAACUGAACAAGAAGGUGUGGGAGCAAGGUGUCAAGGGUGUCCCCUACCGACUACGCGUCCGAAUCAGCCGACGACGAAACGACGAGGAGGAUGCGAAGGAGAAACUCUACAGCUACGUCCAGGCCGUCAACGUCAAGAACCCUAAGGGCCUCGUGACGGUGGUUGUCGAAGAGUAAGGGAAAGCAAUGCAAAGGGAAAAGCAAUGUUUCGUUGAGAUACCGGCUGGGUUCGAGAAGGGCAUGGUUUCGGAGUUCCUUCUGGCUUCAUUACAUUAAGAUUCAGUGAUUGAUGAAUCAAGAACCGUGAACGACAUAUGUUUGGUCUGUUCACCCCAUUUGCUACUUGCUACGACGUGAUUUGAACAUGCGUUUACGAGGUCCAUCCCCAGCAUCAUUCAUUACAUCUUGAGAAGUCAAUCAUGGCAAUGCCGCUAGCGAAGUGGGUGAUAAUGCUAU